UUGUACCUACUAGGGUUUAACGAACGGCUAAACAACAACAGAGACUAGUUCAGUUAUUCGGCUGUCGCAAAUUCUGAAAGGAACCAAAACCCGCGGAGGAAGCAGCUAUGGCCGAAGCAGAGCACAACGAUACCUCUUCGCCUGAGCGCGAGGACCAAACCAAAAGUAACAAGAAGAAGCUUCGCAAGAGGAAGAGGCCUCAUAAAACCGAGCAGAAACAAGAGGAGGAGGAGAAGAAUGACACUGCGCAAACACAAACCGAAGAUGAAGAAGAAAAAGAGACAGAAACGAACAACACCGUCACAUCAGGAAUCAUGAGCACCGAGUCCUUCACCUCUCUGGAACUGUCCGAACCCACUUCCAAAGCCAUUGCAGACAUGGGCUUCCACCGCAUGACUCAGAUUCAAGCGAGGGCGAUUCCGCCGCUUCUGGCCGGAAGCGACGUUCUCGGCGCGGCGAGAACCGGUGCCGGAAAAACCCUAGCGUUUUUGGUGCCGGCGGUGGAGCUUUUGCGCAGCGCGCAGUUCACGCCGCGUAACGGAACGGGUGUUGUUGUGAUAUGUCCGACCAGAGAGUUGGCGAUUCAGACGCACGCGGUGGCGAGGGAGGUGCUGAAGUAUCAUUCGCAGACGCUAGGGUUGGUGAUUGGAGGCUCCGGGAGGAAGGGGGAGGCUGAGCGCGUUGUUAAAGGGGUGAACCUGUUGGUGGCCACGCCGGGUCGCCUCCUCGACCACCUUCAAAACACGAAGGGGUUCGUGUUUAAAAACUUGAAGUGUCUCAUCAUUGAUGAAGCUGACAGGAUAUUGGAAUCAAACUUUGAGGAGGAGAUGAAGCAGAUUAUUAACUUACUUCCAAAGAAAAGGCAAACAGCUUUGUUUUCAGCUACACAAACAAAGAAGGUUGAGGAUCUUGCCCGCUUAUCAUUUCAGACAACUCCUAUCUAUAUUGAUGUAGAUGAUGGGAGAAAAAAGGUCACAAAUGAAGGAUUGCAGCAGGGCUAUGUUGUUGUUCCCUGUGCUAAACGUUUUGUUGUUCUAUAUUCAUUUUUGAGGAGAUACCAAUCAAAGAAAGUGAUGGUCUUUUUCUCUUCAUGCAACUCUGUCAAAUUCCAUGCAGAUCUUCUCAGGUGUACUGGGUUGGACUGCUUAAAUAUUCAUGGAAAACAGAAGCAACAUGCCCGAACUACUACGUUUUUUAACUUCUGCAAAGCAGAAAAGGGGAUCUUGCUCUGUACAGAUGUUGCUGCUCGUGGACUUGACAUACCUGAUGUGGACUGGAUUGUGCAGUAUGAUCCACCUGAUGAACCAAAGGAAUAUAUCCAUAGGGUUGGUAGAACAGCACGUGGGGAAGGCGGAAAAGGAAAUGCUUUACUUUUCCUGAUUCCUGAAGAAUUGCAAUUUCUUCACUAUUUGAAGGCAGUGAAGGUUCCUGUGAAAGAGUAUGCAUUUGAUGAUAAGAAGCUUGAAAAUGUACAAUCUCAACUGGAGAAGUUGGUGGCUGGCAUUUAUCAUUUGAACAGUAUGGCUAAAGAUGCAUAUAGGUCAUAUAUAUUAGCAUAUAAUUCACAUUCCAUGAAAGAUAUAUUCAAUGUUCACCGGCUGGAUUUACUGGCUGUAGCUGCUUCAUUCUGUUUUUCAAACCCACCGAAGGUGAAUCUGAACAUAGAUAGCAAUGCUUCAAAGCAUAGAAAGAAAAUACGCAAAGUGGAAGGAAAGAGAAGAUGAUGAAAGGCAAUUUGUGAAGCAUUAGCAGCAAAAAUGCGAGGGUUGUGCAGUGGUGUGAUUCCCACGCCACUCCAUGAAGUUUUGGUAGGAACCCCAAAUUAGUACGAAGAGAUGACUUUUGUAACUUUAUCAAACAACUUAGUUAUUCUUAGAGGCAUCAGAAAAACUAGAAUGUAUUGUGGCAUUUUUGAACUGUAAUAUUCAACAUGACUACCCGUGUCCCA